GAAAAGCCUGUGGAUUCUGGGAGCGUUUACGCACCAGCCAUUUUCAGCUUCCUGCUGUCAUCCUCGCCUCCACGCAGCGAGCGCAGGAAUAAAGAAAACAACUGAGACUUGCCUUCUUUUACGUGGAUCCAUUAGCGGCUAAAGGACCAGAAUGGAUGAAUUAAAAACGCCCCGUUCUGUGAGCUUCGUUACUGCCUAGUGAGCGCAACUGAGUUCUAGGUCUUAUCGACUCUUCAACGACUUUCAGAGGAUCUAAACGUAUCCCUGGCGUUAAUAACGUGCAGAUAAAGCCCAUCUGACCGAGGAGCCCUAAGUCCCCACCCCCCCCGGGCGAUGUCCACCAUGGUCUACCCACGCGAGGAGUCCCUGGAGCGCCUGAGCCAGGAUGAGAUCGUGCUCAACACCAAGGCGGUGAUGCAGGGCCUGGAGACGCUGCGCGGCGAGCACAACCAGCUGCUGGGCUCCAUGCUGGACUGCGCCCAGCUGCCCGCCGCCACCCAGGAGAAGUCCGGCCUGCUGCGCAAGAGCCUGGAGGCCAUCGAGCUGGGCCUUGGAGAGGCACAGGUAAUCAUUGCGCUGUCCAGCCACCUGAGCGCGGUGGAGUCGGAGAAGCAGAAGCUGCGGGCGCAGGUGCGGCGCCUGUGCCAGGAGAACCAGUGGCUGCGUGACGAGCUGGCGGGCACGCAGCAGAAGCUGCAGCGCAGCGAGCAGAGCGUGGCCCAGCUGGAGGAGGAGAAGAAGCACCUGGAGUUCAUGAACCAGAUCAAGAAGCUGGACGAGGACGCGUCGCCCUGCUGCGAGGAGAAGGCCAGCGAGAACAACAAGGACAACCUGGACGACCUCUUCCCCAACGACGACGAGCAGGGGCCCAAUCAACCGAGCGGUGAGGUGGCAGCUCAGCAGGGUGGCUACGAGAUCCCGGCGCGUCUGCGGACGCUGCACAACCUGGUCAUCCAGUACGCCUCGCAGGGCCGCUACGAGGUGGCCGUGCCCCUGUGCAAGCAGGCCCUGGAGGACCUGGAGAAGACGUCCGGCCACGACCACCCCGACGUGGCCACCAUGCUCAACAUCCUCGCCCUGGUCUACAGAGACCAGAACAAGUACAAAGAGGCGGCGCACCUGCUCAACGAUGCGCUGGCCAUCCGAGAGAAGACCCUGGGCAGAGACCACCCCGCCGUGGCCGCCACGCUCAAUAACCUGGCCGUGCUCUACGGCAAGAGGGGCAAGUACAAGGAGGCCGAGCCGCUCUGUAAGAGGGCCCUGGAGAUCCGCGAGAAGGUGUUGGGGAAGUUCCACCCUGACGUGGCCAAACAGCUGAACAACCUGGCGCUCCUGUGUCAGAACCAGGGCAAGUAUGAGGAGGUGGAGUACUACUACCGCCGUGCCCUGGAGAUCUACGAGAGCAAGCUGGGCGCCGACGACCCGAACGUGGCCAAGACCAAGAACAACCUGGCCACCUGCUAUCUGAAACAGAGCAAGUUUAAGGACGCGGAAUGUCUGUAUAAGGAGAUUCUGACCCGUGCCCACGAGAAGGAGUUUGGAUCUGUCAACAAUGACAACAAGCCCAUCUGGAUGCAUGCGGAGGAGAGGGAGGAGACCAAGGUGGGCAAGCGGAAGGAUUGUCCCUAUGGGGAGUAUGGCAGCUGGUAUAAAGCCUGCAAGGUUGACAGUCCCACGGUUAAUACCACCCUAAAGAGCUUGGGGGCGCUGUACCGGCGUCAGGGCAAACUGGAGGCUGCUGAGACUCUGGAGGAGUGUGCUACCAAGAAUCGCAAGCAGGGCAUCGAUGCCAUAAACCAGAGUAAGGUGGUGGAGCUGCUGAAGGACGGGGGUCUGAGCGGGGCGGAGCGGCGCCAGAGCCGCGACGGGCUCAACGGCCCCGGGGGCCAGCGGGGAGACUGUGAGGGCGACGAGGCCGAGUGGAACGGGGAUGGCAGUGGUUCCCUGCGUCGUAGUGGCUCCUUUGGGAAGAUCCGCGACGCCUUGAGACGCAGCAGUGAGAUGCUGGUCAAGAAGCUACAGGGCAGUGGCCCUCAGGAGCCUCGCAACCCUGUUAUGAAGAGAGCCAGCUCCCUCAACUUCCUCAACAAGAGUGCUGAGGACCAAUCACAGGACGCCAAUGCCGGCCUAUCAGAAUCCAGAGGCCUAAGCGCCAGCAACGUGGACCUGACUCGGCGUAGCUCUCUGGUUGGCUAAACCUGUAGCUUUGGGGGCGUGACGGGGCGGGCCCAACGUAAGAGCCCAAUCAGGACAGGCUGUCAGCUUCCAAUUUCAGUCAUGAUUCGUUUAUGCCCACAAAAUGAUGUUCUCACUCAAGAUUCCUUUUUCUUUUUUUAGAAAAAUUAAGAUGAACAAAACCACAACAAAAAAAGAGUCGCUGGGAAAAUAAACACCCUUCUGUUUUGACACAGCUCUUGGGACGCAAUAGAGCUGUCUGCUUGUGCUGUAAAUGAUGCUCAAAUCAUGCAAAAUAACUUAUCAAACAUACUGUAUAUUUAGAUAGAUUACAACAUACAGAGACACUUUAGCAUGCUGCUUACUAGACCUGAAUUGGGGAGCGGAGGAUGUCUGUACUUAGUGACAUCUAGUGGCUUUUUAGAGGUACUACAGGUUGGCAAAAUCGUGAGCGCAUGGUACAAAUAUAGCCACACAGUAAACACACACACACUCACUCAAGCUGAGUUACUUAGUUUUCUUAGAACUGCUGAGUUACUUGGUUACAGUCAGGUUUCCAUGACGAUGACAUGACGGGGAGUUGCUUCUCACCAGUGGCAUGAUCCAUGCUGCAUGCCUAAAUCUCCCAUUCCAUGGAACUCACUGCACUAGUAUGCUAUUGCUAAUAAACACCUCCAUCUCACAAAAACAAAGAUGGGAGAGUAUAGAGACACCUUCUGGAGUUAUUGGGAGAGGUGAAAGGUCAAAUGUAAAGGCCCACUUUAUUGCAUUAUUGUGAUCAUCAUCAUUAUUAUUAUUAUUAUUGUUAUUAUUAAGAAAGGAUUUUAAAAAGCGACAGCAGUACUGAAUUUGGUCUGCACCUCACGUUUUGCCUUCUGGUUUGUAUGUAUAUACGGUUUUAAAUUAUUGACUUGGGGGUUUGUUUGUUUGUGUUUUUGUUCUGUUUGUUUGUAAAUAGCGCACUGGGAUUUUGUUUACAAUUCUAGAGCUUAGGGGAUGUCACUGGAAUUUGGAAAAAAUAAAUAAAUAAAUAAAUAAACAGACAGAUUGCCGGGGGGGGGGGUGAAUGGAAGGAAAAAACGACAAGAGUGAAGGACAGAUGGCAAUGGGAUGAGUGUUUUGGUGUGGCUCAGUUGCAGUCGCUCGCUCAGCCACUUAACCACACACACACACACUCACUCACCAAAAGUGUGGUGUGUUGCCCUCUGUGCACUAAAUCUGAAAGCUGUUGUUUGGCUCCCACCACACACUCAAUUUGUUGCCGUCAGCCAUGAUGUCUCGUUUGAUAUCUUUUUGGUACGACCUGUAUAUACAAAUGAAGAAGAGAGAAAAAAACACAACCUCACGCUGACUGGAAUGUUUCGUUCUGUGCUGCAUUUGUUUCUUUCUUGCUCCUUGGAACGGGUGGGAGAGAGGGUAGAAGAAUAAUCGAACAAUUCAACAAUUUUGUAGCCAUUUUGCUGUGUAAUAGUCACAGGGCAUUUAGACGCCAACUUUGAUUGACUGAACUGGAUGAGUUGCAGAUUUUAUUUCUCCAAAAAAAAAAGACUUGAAAUGCAGAAAAGACUGGAAAUGGAGGAGUCCAAACUCGUACUCAGAUCAUGCCGUACUUGUCCUUGUGCAAUUUUUUUUAUUUGACCCUCGUGUUAAUCUCCUAUUCCUGUCCUGUCAUCUCAUCCGCUUGUCCUUUUCGUUGCCUGCACUUACAUUAGCAAACAGUAGGGGGCACACUCAACCUCCCUCAAUAGGCAAACUAUCUUUGGGCUGGUGGAGAUGUGACCUACUGAAUGAAAAGAUGCAUUGAAUGCUAAUGGUGGGUUUGAUCUGAGAGCAGUUGGACUGUUUUGAGAAGGGAAAUAAGUAGCGUUGAGGGAGGUAGAGUCAUAGCUGGAGAAAGAUCGAGAUGGAGAGAGAGAGAGAGAGAGAAGGAGAAGGAUGGAGGGAAAACAGAGAGAGGGUUGGAAAACAAGCAGUUCAGCCAGACUGCUUGGGGUAGAGAGAGCCUGGGGAGCUGAGCUCAUCCCGCAGGUGUGGCUGCAGAUGCCUUGGCUGGAGACGGUGCUGAUAGAACUGGCCUGCGCCACUGGACACUGGAACGGAUGCGGGCCGCAUCUUACUCAAAGCCACUCUCAGGGAAGGGUGUGCUCAUCUGUGUGGGAAAGGGACUUGGCUGGGUUAUGACCAGAGCUGCUGCUAGCUGAUGGGUAUUGUUGGGGGGUGAUGUCCCACAGCAAAGUCAAAACAAUACAAUCCUUAUUAUAUGGAGGAAAUGUUUGUGGUAAGAGUACGGAGAAAGGAGGAGGAGAAGGAAUAGGAAUCAAAGGGAGAUGGGAUGACACUGUGGAGGAAGUGUGGAUAGAGAGAAAGAUGGAGGAAGAGUGGAUAGAGAGAAAGAUGGAGGAAGAGUGGAUAGAGAGAAAGAUGGAGUGACGGCGAGCCAGAAAAGAAUGCAGUCACAGUUCAAUGUGUAUUAAAAAAAAAAAAAAAGUCACCUAAAUGUAUCUGUCUCUCACACAUGCAUACAGUAGGUUUCAGACAGCCACAGGCUGGGUGUGAACGGUGAUGUGUGUGUGUGUGUGUGUUUUGCUGUCUUCAAAGCUCUUAUUGUGAGCUAUGGUAUUGUUUUUUUUUUAGAAUGUGAAACUCCCCUCCGCCAAAUGUUUUGUGUGUGUGUGUGUGUGUCUUAACCAGUUUCUCUCACAUCCACAUGAACACACACACAUACACACUCAGUCUGGUUAGAAUGUAGCCUGCAAAUUCUAUUGAAGGAGUAGGAGUGUCUUGGGUAUGCUUAGUUUACUGUAUUCCCUACUCUGAUGGUCAAGUUCUUAAGUGUGAAGGGGCCAACCUCAUGUAUAUUUUAAUAAAAAUGUUCAGUAAUAUGUAAUGACAAUAAAAAAAAAAAACAAUGUUCCACUUUUCAAAACUGAA